CUGGGUUCUUCCCCCUGCAAGGCACCGUGCCAGGCCAGGACAGCUGUGAUGCGCUGUCUCGUGGGGACAAGACCAAGCAGUGCUGCAACAUGGCGGUGGAGCUGGAGGAACAUGGUGAGGGCCGUAGUCUGACCCUGGAGCUGCCCCACCAGUGCAUGGAGCUGCGUCACUCAGGCCAGCCUGCCUGCCGCUGCCUGCGGGCACGCUGGCUCAGAAUGGUGCAGUUUGCAGAACAGAACAGCACAGCCGGCCUGCGGGCGCUGCACCUGAACGUCAGCAGAGCCAUGGCCCAAGGCCUGCUCCUCGCAUUCUCCCCUGCUGAGGGCCCCGCAGUGAUCAGCUCAGCAGAGGAGGGGACAGCAGGCACCAUCCGGCUCCCCGGCGGGGCGUUCCCAUCCCCGAGCAGCCAGGCAGUGCGCGUGGUGGUGACUGUGCUCAACAUCCAGCAGCUCGCCAUGUUCCAGGAGGACAACCAGAUGGGAAAGGUCCUGGACGACACCGUGGUGGGCAUCGUGGUGGGGAAUGGGGACGUCUCGGAGCUGCAGGACCCCGUGCAGCUCACCUUUGCCUACCAGCAGUUGCCACAUAAUGUCACCCCGCUGUGUGUUUUCUGGGAGCCCAGCAAAGGGCAGGCAGGAGGCUGGAGCAGCCACGGAUGUGUCACACAGCCCAAGGACAAGGAGACAGUCUGCACUUGUGACCACCUCUCCUUCUUCACCCUCCUCCUGAACCCAUCCCUGGACGGGUCUACGGCACAGACGUUGGUGGCUGUGGCCAAUGCUGGUUGUGGUGUGGCUGUGGCUUUCUCCAUCUUCACUUUUGCCUUCUACAUCUUCUUAAGGUGCAGUUACAAACAGUUCAGGUCUGAGGACACCCUCCGCAUCAACCUGGGGCUGCACAUGAACCUGGUCAGCAGCCUGCUCCUGCUCAACCUGGCUUUCCUGCUCAGCAGUGGGCUCUCCAGCAGAGCACCUCUGGGGCUGUGCAGUGCCCUGGGGGGGCUCACCCACUACUGCCUGCUCUGCUGCUUCACCUGGAUGGCACUGGAGGGCUGUCACCUCUAUCUCCUCUUUGUCAAGGUCCUUGGCACCUACAUACACCACUACCUGCUGAAGCUGUGCAUUGUCGGAUGGGGCUUCCCUGUUCUGGUGGUGGGGGUGGCAGGAGCCAUUGGCAGCUAUGGAAAACACAGCAUUGGGACAGUGGACAACCAGACCAUAAUCGACCUGUGCUGGAUCAAUUCUGAGCACCUCCUCGUCCACUACAUCACAAACUGCGGCUACUUCGGCCUCAUCUUCCUCUUCAACACCAUCAUCUUCGGGGUGGUGGCCUGGAAGAACUGCCACCUGUGGAGGAGCGGGGUGAUGCAGGGGCACUGCAAGGCCUGGAAGGUGGUCCUGGCAGCGAUGGGUCUCUUCUGCCUGCUUGGGGCCACCUGGGCACUGUCCUUCCUCAGCUAUGGCAGCUCUUCCAUGCCCAUGCUCGUCCUUGCUGCUAUCCUCAACUCCCUCCAAGGUCAGGGCCGGCUCCCAGGGUCUGGCUGGGAAGGGGUGGGAGGCAGGAGAAGCAUGGCAGUGGUGGACAAUGAAUCCCAAGGUGUUUUCAUCUUCGUCUGGCUGGUUGUCCUCUACUACCCAAGGGCAGAGGAGACCAGCAGCUCCCUCUCCCACAUCGUGAGGAAUGACAAAACCAUGGCUGUGUCACAGGGAUAG